AAGGCUGCCUACCAAAAGACGAAGAAGAAGGAGAGCACUGCAGGCUGGAAGAGGACACUUUCAACUUAGCUAGCAUAACUGAUAAAGCCUAAAUGGAUCUUACUGAACAGAUCAACCAGUUGGAGGCGGAUUUGGUGGAGCUGGGGUCGCUCCUGGAGAAGGCGGAGAGGAAGAGAGCGCAGGAGCUGCUACAGCAGGAGCAGAAGAAGGUGGAGAAGGAGCUCGCAGUGAAAAGACAACAGAAGGAGAAACAAGACAAAAGAGAGGCAGACCCAACUGCUGCCUCCAAAGCAGCGUACACAGUCAAGAUCACCAACUAUGCAUGGGACCAGUCAGAAAAAUUUGUCAAAAUCUACCUUACAAUGAAGGAUUUGCACAAAAUCCCACCAGAGAAUGUAGAGGUCAGCUUUACAGAAAGGUCAUUUUCGGUGUUGGUAAAGGAUCUCGAUGGGAAAAACCAUCAGAUGGCAAUGCACAACAUGUUAUGUCCAAUCAAUGACAAGGACAGCUACAAAAAGAUAAAAACAGACAUGCUCCUGCUCAUGUGCAAGAAGCAAACAACACAGAAUUGGGAGUGCCUAACGAAGGCGGAAAAGCAGACAAAAGACAAAGAUAAACCCAAUGUUGAAGCGAAUGCAGACCCCAGCGAUGGCCUGAUGACUAUGCUGAAAAAGAUUUACUCAGAUGGAGAUGAUGAAAUGAAGAGAACCAUCAACAAAGCCUGGUCAGAGAGUCAAGAGAAGAAAGUUCGAGGAGGAGGCGGAGAAGACAUGAUGGACUUCUGAAAUGAUUCAAUGUGUUUCCACAGCAGGACCAAGUGAGAGCUGCCAGGGAUGCACCUGACAUGAGUUGAAUAUUACAUGUUAUGGAGUGAAGUCAAUUAUAUUUCAACAAAAACUAAAAGUGUACAGCUCAUACAUAGGGUUUGGGAAUAAUGUCUAAGCUCUGGAUUGUCACAUUUUUAGCCUGGCUUUUAAAAUCAGUCCACCAAUCGCCUGCUAGUCAUACAAAUGAAAACAGAUUUGUUUGUGUUGAAGGACCACAAUGAAGUUGUUUUUCUUUAGAUUAAUAUGUGUUAGUACUUCUAAAUUUUGAUUGGACCAUGGUAAAUAAAACAUGUGAGCAGUGUUGUGUAAAGUCAAACCUUAAUUUUGUUCCUGUGCAGCUAAACUGAGCUGAUAUUUAAAAGUGUAGCCUACAUUUGCCAAAGUCAUGCUCAUAUUCCUUUAAUGAACACAACAAGAUGGCUCCUUUGACCUCUUUCAAUGUCUUCUUCAUAUGCACAUUUCAUUUGUUGUCAUUCCAAAAAUAUUUCAAAUGAAACCGGCAAGGACAUUACUGCUUACACAUCAAUCUAGUGUAAUAGGAAACAUAAAUGCAUAGAUCUGUGUUUGGCGUCUUAAUGUAAAUUUUACCCAUUCCUGUUGCAUAAUAAAAUGCUCUGAAACACAUUCUAUUUUCAUUAAUUAAUGUUACUGUUGCAUUUUCAUGGUGUUGGACUGAUAGCUACUUUAAACCUAUUUACAGAAGCACUAUUGGAGUUUCCUAUUUCUUUCCAGUGUUUGUGAAUGUCUAAAAUGUUUGUAUUGAUUACUUUGAUUUUACUUUGGCUUCAUAGUUUUGCAUGUGUUGUUGCUCGCCCUCAGGUUGUUCAAAAAUGUUCUCACAAAUACAGAUCUUGGAACUGGGUCUA